AUGUGGAACGACGAAGAGGACAACAAUCCCUACGGUACUAGUUUCGACCGUCGAGACUCCGUGACCUCAUCAUCUGCAAAUCCAGCUUCCCCAACCUCCCGCGAUUAUCAGCAGCGCUUCGAGACUCCCAACACACCGUCCUCGACAAGCGAAGAUGCGGCGCCUCCCAUAACUUAUGGCCGUGAGCCCAGCGAUAUUGAGAGUGAUGAUGACUUUAAUCAGCCGACCCCCCGCAGGAAGCCUGGCGGCUAUGACAGCCGCAUAGAGCAGAUACUCUACGAGAACCCCGAGCUGCCCAUACUUAUUACAGAUGCUGGCAAGAGCACGGAGAGCGGUGGCAAAUUUAUCGUUUAUACUAUUCGAACUGGAGACCUCGAAGUCAGGCGUCGCUACUCGGAAUUUGCAUCGUUACGUGACGCUCUUACCAAGCUUCAUCCUACGCUCAUCAUUCCUCCUAUUCCAGAGAAGCAUACUAUGGCAGACUACGCUGCCAACCCUACCAAUGCAAAGCAAGACCAACAAAUUAUAGAUUUACGCAAGCGUAUGCUCGCUGUUUUCUUGAACCGGUGCCGACGAAUGGACCAGGUGAGAGAAGAUGGGAUAUUAUGGAGGUUUCUAGAUCCUAAUGUUAGCUGGAAUGAAGUCCUCCAUUCGCAUCCCCUUUCCUCUAUCCCCAAAUCCAUCUUGAAAGCACCGCCGCUAGACACCGCGAAUCCUACCCCGGCGCAUGCUUAUUUGCCAGUUCCCAGCUCUUCAGCCAAGCUGAAGAACCCAGUGAAUCCGCCUCCGGCACCCGUUUUUGAUAGUUCAAAUACAGUUGCAUCUCAAGUGCUGCGUCGAUUUCCUCCGGAUGGUCGGGAACUAUCCGAGCACGACUUAGAUCCUUACUUCAUUGCUUUUGAAUCGUCAAUUAAAGAGUUAGAGACGGCCCUGACGGGGCCUAUGGAAAAAGUCAAUCGACGCACUCUUAGUCAUUUGAGUGCCCUGGGUACCGACCUUUCCGAUCUUGGGGCCAAGUUCAAUGCCUUCGCCCUCUCAGAGCCUUCGGCAUCAUUGGCAGCAGCUAUUGAACGAGUCGGCCAGGCUGCGGACUCAUCAUAUAUCGCAACUGAAGAGCUAUCCAGCUCUCUUGGUGCCAAUUUUGCAGAACCCAUGAGAGAAAACGCUCAGUUCGCUGGUGUUGUCCGAAACGUUCUACGCUAUAGGGUCCUGAAGAGAGUUCAGCAGGAGAUGACCAACGACGAACUAGUUAAAAAGAAAGCACUUCUUGAGCAGUUGGAAAGCAGUGAAGCCGAAGCAAGGCGUAUCGAGCAAUAUCUAAGCAGUAGUCAGCAAAUCGGAGGGACACAUCAUGUCCAACCUCCACGAAGAUCAGCCAGUAUGAAGGAAACCUCAUCACACCAUAGGGAGAGCAGCGGUGAGGAUACCGCUUCUAUUGACUCCGAUUUUCCUCAUAACCAUGGAGAUAUGUCUUCUGCGCCAUCCGCCAAAGUGGGAGCUCCAGAGCGUUCAGUUGCUAGCCCGACUCAUAGAAAAGUCGCUAGUGGCAACUCUAUCACGAACAAGAUCUUUGGACCCAUUCGCCAUGCAAUUCAAGGUGUAGCCGACGUUGAUCCAGAGAGAACAAGGCGGGAUACUAUUGGAAAGACGCGUGAAAGCAUCGAGCAGCUUGAACAGGCCCAAGUUGCCAUAGAAAAGGACGUACGUGCAGCAAGUGCUAGCGUCUUACAGGACUUGAAGAGAUUCCAAAACGAGAAGGAAGAAGAUUUGAAGCGGUAUAUGCUUGCCUACGCUAAAAGUCAGAUUGAGUGGGCGAAGAAGAGCAAAGAAACUUGGGAGGAGGCUAGAGCCGAAAUUGAAAAAAUCGAUGAGACAUAGUUGUUUCUAGAUGGGCAGACGAGUCUGAUUAGCGACCUGAGAUAAAAAGGGUUUGGAGGAGUCUAGGCUGCGCUCGACAAUAAUAGUAUAGACGGUCUAACUUCUCUUCGCAUUGAUAGGUCAAUUCUACGAGCAUGAUUUAGUGGCCUAGGAAAAUAUGUUGGUGUAAAACUUGACGUAUGCAACUCUUGUCAUGGAGGAGCAAUUAAAUCACGGCAAUUGAGCGUUAUCCCCUUAACAACGCUGAGUCUAAGCGCAUCCGUGCGCAGGAUUCCAUGACACUACUCCAUUAUUAAUUCUGU